AUGGCGAGUAUAGAACUAGAUAUUUGGCGAGGAGAAUGGGGCCUUGCCUCUAUAGAUUUAGAAUGUCUAAAAGUUUUAACCUACAUGAAAUUUAUUGGAGUACCUGUAAGAGUUCGAGAAGCAAACAAUCCAUUUUUCACACCCAAAGGAAGGCUCCCUGUCAUGAAGGAUGGACGCAAGCUACUCACAAAUUUUGAAGAAGUUGUCGAUCAUUUAAAAUCCUUGCACUACAGCACAGAUGUACAUUUAAACACUAAGCAGGCAGCAGAAGCUAGUGCAUUCACACAAUAUUUAAGGGAGAAACUUUACCCUGCAUACCAGUACGCAUGGUGGGUAGAUGAAAAGAACUAUUGUGAUCUAACAAGACCAACAUAUGCUAAAGCACUUUGUAUACCCUUCAAUUUCUAUUAUCCAUCACAUUACCAGAAUGCAGCAAAAGAGAUGAUUGAUGCUUUAUAUGGAGAACACACAGAUCUAAGGGAAAUUGAGAAAACAUUAUACAAUGAAGCUGAGAAGUGCCUUAAAACAUUAUCAGAUAGAUUGGGAGAGAGUGAAUACUUCUUUGGUAACAGACCUUCAUCAUUUGAUGCCACAGUCUUCGCAUACCUUGCACCACUCGUGAAGGCACCAUUUCCUAACGCCACACUAGCCAAUCACGUCAAAGGCAUAGCUAACCUCUCCAGAUUUGUUGCUAGAAUUAACCAAAAGAAUUUUAGACAUGUUACCGAUGAAUACAAUAGACUGAAUGCCAAAAAGCAAUCUACAGGCACACAAUCAGAUCGUGAAGCAGCUAACUUCCCAAAUCAGACCCGUAACAAGAUCCUUGCAGCUUUAUUUGCAGCCAUAGCUAUGACAGGAUAUGCAGUCGCAAACGGCAUGUUCCAGCGCUGGGCAACGUGGGGCUGGCAACGCACGAUGCUGGUGAACAAGUUUCGGAUUGCCAAGAAUCAUUACGACAAAAUAACGAAACUAAAGGCGGCUAAAGCUAAGGACGACUCUAAACCAUUAUAA